CGCCAUGGACGCACAAGCUUGGCUCGGCCAAUGCGUCAGCCCGCCGCGGCUUUUGCUCGAGCCGUGGCGACGAAAGCAAAAGCCACUGAGAUGCUCAAGGCGACUAGCAAGGUAGCGGAACAGCUCGAAGCGACGGGCAUAUGGAAGCGAAAAGGCGGCCGGAAAGUCAACGGUGCUCAAAAAGCGAUAGAGCCCCAUAGAGUAAACAUUGUGAGCGAAAAGCUCUGCGACGAUAUAAUCAAGUAUCUGGGCAGCUCAUUAGAACGUCACCGAGGAUGCGAUUUGAUUGAUUUGAAUCCCGGCGCGGGAGUCUGGAGUCGCAAGCUUCAUGGCUUUUUGGAGCCGCGAAAUCACAUCAUGAUGGACCUGGAUGCCGAGCUGUACAGCCCAUUUGUCAAGGACCUAACCUCCAAGGAGAACGUCCAACUGAUACCGAAAUCCGGUCUUGUGUGGAAGGAUCUUUUCGAAAUGGUCGAGACAAAACUCUCUCACCAACAGGCUCUCUCUGCUGGAGCAGAGCCAACGCGCAACGAUACGCUCCUGGUUACGGCCAACUUGUCCACAUUCCCCAAAAAGUCCUUCUUGGGCUUCGAUAGCAUGAGCACCAUGGUCAUGUAUCAGUUCAUGUCCAGCAUAAAGUCGUCGUCGUUGUUUCAGAAAUACGGAUUGGUGCGAAUGCUGCUAUGGGUGAAUGACGAAGAGAAGCGCCGACUCAUCCCAAAGUCUCUCAACCGUCGCAAGCGAGGCUCGUUCGAGGCCGAGCUGGCGUGCGAGUGGAUUCACGAAGUGGCAGGGCAAGAGCUGGAAGCUGAGAGCCGCCAUACGCUGCGCGACGAAUGGAUCAACAAAGAGUCUGCUCUCAACACACUGGGCAGGAUGCAAGCACAGGGCCUCACAGUGCCCAGGGGGCGAGGGGUGAAGACAUACAAAGAUUCGAUGAGAUCAAAGAGACUCAUGGGCAAGAAGCUGGCCGGAGUCAACAUGCCUGACAUCUCUCGACCUUUCAAAAAGGAACUGGAAGACCUCGAACAUGAGUAUGUAGAGGAAAGCGUGCAGGCAUCCGACCGGUUGAGGUUCUUGCGCAGUAGAGAAAAGUAUGAAGUCAACCACUACAAAUCAUUUUUGGAACUGUUGCAGGGGUGGGAGAGAAUAUCUGCUAUGAAGGAUGAUGGCACGGGCGCGUUCGAGCAGGCUGAUAGAGAGUGGAACGAGAUGAUUGAUAAUCUCAAGAAGAACCAGCGGAUGGAGUUUAAUCUCCUCCGAGACAGCUACCACCUAUUUCGCCAAGAUCCCCCAGCCUUACUGUGGGAUCGGCGAGCGUACGAACCGCUCGCUGCCAAAGCAGACGAGUUCUUUCCAAAUGCACCAACGGCCCUCUUGGACAUUCAGCCCAAGGCUAUGCAUCCUCUACUGCGGCAGAUUGGCCCCAACAGCAACCAUGCUGGAGACAUAUCCGACGUCAUGCUACGAUCUUGGUGGAAUUUGACGCUCCUACCGGUGCAUAAGGCGAUGGAUGGCUUGUGGCCCGGGUUUGGUGAUUUGAUAACAGAGGUCUCCAGCUUAAAGGACAUUCAGCGUGGAGGAACGAUGAUGACGGGACAUGGGUCGCUGAGCGCGAGGAGCAUCAACGAGGGGCAGUGGGCCGAGAUUGUCGAGACGUGGAUGAGGUGGCCGUUCCGACCAACGUAUGGGCAAAUGCUGGGCAGGAUGUCGGACGAUGAUGGCGAUGGGGAUGAUGAAGAUGUAAAGUCUGGUGCCUUUGGAUCA